AUGCUACAACCGCCUUACGACAUCGGUGCUCGGAUCAGCACCAACAGCUGGGGGGCCGUUCGGACGACCUACACGUCGCUGGACAGGCAGGUGGACGACUUUGCGUACCUGAACCAGGACAUGGUGAUCGUCGUCGCGGCAGGGAACUGCGGGGACCAAAUCUCCGGCUGCCAGUACCAGAAUGCCGACAUCUACGGGUCUGGGUCAAUUCUCUCCCCGGCUCUCGGGAAAAACGUCAUCUCGGUGGGGGCUAGCGAAGCGAGCCCUAGCACAGCCGGCCUGGCCGACAACGUGGAUGAGGACAAGAAGCGGCGGUCCAUCCUGAGCGUUACAUCGCUUGGACUCUGA